AUGCCAGGUCCAGAUAUCCAAGCAGGUUGCUUUUCCGGCCUGUUCUCCUUUUUCGCUACGGGCAAUGCACGCUCGAGGCGUUCCACAGCUGCCGAUAUGUCUAAACUAGAGUUGAGCAGCGGACGAGGUGCAGUUGAACUGCCCGCGGACUUCUCCAACUUGAACUGUCACCACUGCGACUGGCAUGGUAUGCCCGUGUCUCCCCCCACCUCGGAGAUACCACCUGCGUAUACUUUACGUGACGCGGAGGACGUCUUCCGUCCGGAAGUGAUCAAGACGAUCGAGGAGACUGUGGACGAGCUCAAUCCGGAGCUCCGCGAGCUCAACCUCGAAAUCUGGAACCAUCCUGAAAUUGCGUACGAGGAGAAGCGCGCUCAUGACGUUCUCACCAAGUUCAUGUCGCAGCAUGGCUUCGACGUCACCCCUCACUACCUCGACCUCUCCACCGCCUGGCGCGCCGUCUUCAAACACACGUCGUCCUCCACCAAGAAUGGGGACGCAAUCCGCGUCAUUGGCGUGAACUCCGAGAUGGAUGCGCUGCCCGGCAUCGGGCACGCUUGCGGGCAUAAUCUCAUCGCCAUCGCAGGUGUAGGAGCCGCUCUCGCUGUGAAAGCUGCACUCGAGAAGCAUGAUGUGUCCGGGAAGAUCGUGCUGCUCGGGACCCCAGCGGAGGAGAGCGGAGGAGGCAAGGUCAAACUGCUGGACCGCGGCGCCUACGACGAGAUGGACGCAUGUAUCAUGUGCCACCCCAGCCCCGGUCCCCUGCACAGUGUCUCCGUCGGCCCUUGCCUCGCCUGCCAGACCAUCGAGGUGGAGUUCUUCGGACAUACCGCACACGCAGCAUGGGCACCAUGGGAGGCGCAGAACGCGCUCGAUGCAGCGUUCCUCGCUUACACCAACAUAUCCGUGCUCCGCCAGCAGAUCAAGCCCACGCACCGCGUGCACGGGAUCGUCAGCGGGAAGAACUGGGCGGCGAACAUCAUCCCCGACUAUUCAAAGAUGGUGUGGAUCGUCCGCGCACCGACAUGGCCCGAGGUCGAGGUGCUCCGCGAGCGCGUCCUCAAGUGCUUCGAGGCGGCGGCGACUGCCACGGGAUGCAAGGCUGAGAUAAACCAGGAAGUCGGGUACUAUGAUCUCCGGCAGAACAGCGUCCUUGGUGAUGAAUUCUCGCACAUUAUGGACGCCCGCUAUGGAGUGAAGUCGCUCGCGGAUGGCGGGAUGGGCGCAUCGACGGACUUUGGAAAUAUCACAUACGCCCUACCCGCGCUGCACCCGAGCUUCACGAUCCCGACUGAGCCAAACGGCUCGAACCACACUCCGCAAUUCACGCAGUCUGCGGGUACGCCUGCGGCACAUGCCGCCGCGAUCGCGGUCACCAAGGGCCUAGCUGGCGCGGCGUUCCGUGUGCUGGACGACGCGGAGUUCACGGACAGGGUAAAGAAAGCUUUCAAGCACGAUCAGGAGGCAAAUGUUGUGCGGGCCUAA